UUUACCUUCUUUACGUUCAGUCAGAUGUGAAUACAAUUCCUCACGGUAUAUAUCAGAAUAUAUACAGCUUAUCCCUCUAAAUUCCUCAUACUUCCAUUUGAGGAAUUAAUGGAUCAAAUCAAGGCUGAAAAGCUUCGAGCCAUGAAAUGCUACAAGAAGAAGCAGAACUACAACAAGAGUAAUCAAUUUCUUUAUAGUCUUAUUGUUCAUGCUCUUAUUGCAGUGACAUGCAGUUUGCUUUGUUCAUACUCUUAUUCGUUUCCUUCUCUCCACACUAUCAAACACUUGCUAUUUAUUUCUCUUCCAAAUUCUUGGUCGGGGUUUAUCAACCCCAAGUGCCUCUUCAUUGUGGUGAAUUUUAUUGUCGUAUUCCUUAUUGGAGAAUCAAGGCUCAGCAGCGGCAAGCAAUCGUCUCCAGUCACCGAGAUGUACAACGAGUAUGUUGAGAGAAGUCGGAAUCUCAGGAGACCACUCUCCACGUUUCGAGAGAAGAAAGAGGAGAGGACCUUGCCGGAAAUGUUGAAUCCGAUAAACAAGGGCAAUGCGGAGAGUAUUGAAGAUAAAGAAGUUGAUGAAGGUAAACAAGAUGACAAGCAUGAUCAUGAUCAUGACGAGGAAGACUUUAAAGAAUGUGGGGAAAACGAUGAAGAAGAAAAAGAAGAAGAAAAAAUGGAAGGAAAAAUGGAGGAAAAGGAAGAACGAGAAGAAGAUGAGGCUUUAAUGCCUGCUGAGGAACUAAACAAAAGAGUUGAAGACUUUAUUGCAAGGGUUAAUAAGCAAAGGUGGCUUGAAGCUAGAUAUUUGGUUUGUUGUAAAGCAUGAUUAAUAUAUGUUGGGUACCCGGUCAUUGAAAACAGAUUUAAUAAAUUAGUUGGUGUAGUUAUUCUAUGGCAUUUGUAGCUUGAAGCAUGAUUCUUGACAAGAGGGGGUUUUUUUUUUGUUCCUUUCUUUUUGGUACUUAAUUUGUGAUGUUAGUUAUGGAUUACCAAUUUACAAUAACAAUUUUCUAAUGGUAAUUGCCAUAAAUAAUGCCAUUUGCUGUCAUGUAUAUUUAGUUAU